AUGGUCGAAGCCGGUUCCCUUCCGCCGGCGGGUCGACCUCGCUCGUCCAGUCGAAACAAGGAUGCACUUCUAUGUGUUAUUACCACCGCCGAUUUGGGUCUGCAGCACAUUACUGCACCAAGCCGUGUGUACCUAUACUGCGGUCGCGGAAAACAAAACCGCCAGCGAGUGAAAGCGACUAAUCUCGCUGGCAAGGCAUUUUCACCGAAGCUUAGUCGCCUUUUCUACGUGACGGAUACACGUAAUAAUUUACGUUUUUUGGUUGACACCGGCGCUGCCAUUAGUGUCUUACCCGUGCGUGAUAAAGCACGUCAACAACCUUUUCAGCUCCGCUUACAAGCAGCAAAUGGUUCCAGUAUUAAUACUUACGGUACGAAGUCCCUUACCCUAAACAUAGGAAUGCGACGAGACUUUACCUGGAAUUUUACUGUUGCUGACGUCCAGAUGCCGAUAUUGGGUGCCGAUUUCCUGGCGCACUAUGAUCUAGCCGUUCGAAUGAACAAUCAUUCCCUAACAGACAACUUAACAAGACUGUGUGUUCUUGGCACUUACUCUAAACUUACCACCACUGGCAUCACCGUGGCAACUUGCCACAAUAAAGAGUACUUAGAUUUAUUGAAUCAGUACCAGGACCUCCUGCGUCCUGCUGGAUCUAUUGAUUCAACUAAACAUCAAACACAACACUUUAUUAAGACCACUGGUCAACCUGUUUUUUCCCGUCCUCGUCGUCUAGCACCUAACAAAUUAAAAUUCGCAAAGAAAGCUUUCGACGACAUGCUACGAGAGGGUGUUAUUCCUGUGACCACACCCCCAGUUUCUUCCUCUUUUAUUCAAGACUUACGCCUUAAAAUGGCAAACUUAUGCUAUACACCACCGCGGCACUGCCCGAGUGAUAUAUAUUUACCGCACCAGCUCAAGGACUGCGAGUUUGUAUUUGUACGUAACGACUCUGUUAAGCGGCCUCUUACGCCGGCCUACACAGGCCCAUUCCGCGUUCUUAAACGCGCGGACAAAUAUUUCCAAAUACAAAAAGGUAUUCACACCGACAACGUUUCAAUAGAUCGGUUGAAGCCUGCUUUUAUAGAGAAACCGUCGUCUCAUACUGCUUCCCAAUCAACUCCGCAAGUUCAGGAGAAUUUCAAGACACCUGUUUCUCUCGACAAACCUAAGUAUACCAGCUCUGUUGUAAUUUCUUAUUCAUUUUUCCUUCACCAUUUCUUUCUUUUCGUCUUCGUUGUUUAUUUUGGUUAUUAUCAAGCUCGCAUUUCUUUGUAUUCUCUUUUCAUUUUUUCUUCUUUUCUUCAAUUUUUCUCCCCCCCCCUCUCUCUCUUUGGUUGGUAG